AUGUCUUCCACUGAGGAAGAUGAGUCGGGGGACUUGAGGGUUGGCCUGCCAUUACCAGGGCUGAGGUCACUGAGGAAGUUAAAGGUUUACGGUGGCAGGACUCUUAAGGCCCACCGUGCGGUGCUGGCAGCCAGCAGCUCCUACUUUCGAGAUCUGUUCAAUGCUGUAGGGAAGAGCUCUGUGGUGGAGCUACCUCCAGCCGUGCAACCACAGAGCUUCCAGCAGAUUCUGGCUUUCUGCUACACGGGACGCCUCAGCAUGAACAUUGGAGACCAGUUUCUGCUCAUGUACACUGCUGGCUUCCUCCAGAUCCAACAGAUCAUGGAGAAAGGCACAGAGUUUUUCCUCAAGGUCUCCUCUCCAAGCUGCGACUCGCAGGGUCUCCACACCGAGGAGACCCCGUCCUCUGAGCCUCAGAGUCCCGUCACUCAAACAGUGGGAACGGGUGGAGUGGGCGUUGCUGCUGCUUCUGUAGGAAGGCCUGCUUCUUGUCUGACGCCCCUCCCCCUGGUGUCUAAGGUUAAGACUGAACAGACCCCCGCUACACCUCAGCCAGCGUCACAGCAGCAGCAGGAAGGCUCACCAUACUCUGUGGUUUGCACUCCCGUGGCCAAGAGACUAUGGGAGGGGGGAAGCCGAGAUGGGGGAGGAGGGUCCGGAGGCGGCGGGGGAGGUGGAAUGAGGAAGGCUGCACGCUACUCGUCCUCUUCUUUCUCCUCGUCUUCCACCACGGUUCUGCUACAGGAUGCCUCUGGGCGCGGACCAGCUAACUCUGCCAUGGUGGGAAGUGGCAGUGCCACUUCAGUGGGAGGAGCUGGACUCAACAGUAACCAAAACAAUAACAACAGUGGUGGGACCCCUGAGGGCACAAGUCCAGGCACACUGAGCAUGUACACCAGCGACUCGCCCAUCAGUUACCACGACGAUGAGGAAGAGGACGACAUAGCUGAUGAGUCGGCUGAAGAGCAGUACAGACAGAUCUGCAACAUGUACACCAUGUACAGCAUGCUGAACGCUGGAGCUGCAGUGGUCGGGGAGCCAGUUGAGGCUCUGCCAGACUUGGCUCCGGAUUCAGGUGGCGGACGGGGAGGCAGAGGGGGGCGGUCCCGGCAGGACCUGGCAUCGCUGCCCGCCGAGCUCAUCAGCCAGAUCGGCAACCGCUGCCACCCAAAGCUGUACGAGGAAGGUGACCCUGCCGAGAAACUGGAGCUGGUGAGCGGCACCUCCGUCUUCAUCUCCCGCGCCCAGCUCAUGAACUGCCACGUCAGCGCUGGGACGCGCCACAAAGUGCUCCUCAGACGGCUGCUGGCAGCGUUCUUUGACAGGAGCACUCUGGCUAACAGUUGUGGAACUGGCAUCCGCUCCUCAACCAACGACCCGAGCCGCAAACCUUUGGACAACAGAGUGCUGCAUGCUGUCAAAUUCUACUGCCAGAACUUUGCACCGAGCUUCAAGGAGAGCGAGAUGAACGCCAUCGCAGCCGACAUGUGCACCAACGCUCGCCGCGUCGUCCGCAAGAGCUGGAUACCCAAGCUUAAACUGCUGAUGGCCGACAGCGACGCCUACUCCGCUUUCCUGGCUGACAGUGUGAAGAUAGAAGCCGACGCCCUGGGGGUGGAGCAAGGCUUUGACCCCGCCUCUCUGGAAGCUGUUACAACAGCACCUACUGCCAGUAGUAAUGAAUCUGGAGGCGGAGCUAUGACAGCGGACACCAUCCAGGGGGCAGGAGGAGACGGCAGCACUUUGUUUUGAGUGAGUGAUCGAACACAGACAG